AUGACAGAAAAGGCAAAAGCGAUACCAAGGGCUCGGGAAAGCCAGUUUCGCAGGCAAGCCACUAAGAAGACACAACUGAAGGUGACCAGGCUGAAGGCAGCUCUCAAGUGGAAAACAUUGGAGAAGUACCAGCUGCCGCCUCUGGUGCAGUGGACGGCACUGAGAAAACAACGAGGAUGCCACUGUUCAGUGGUAACGGUGCGGCUCCUGAAGCUAAAGGGGCCUCGACAGACAUUGAAGCCAAAGCUGAGCCAAAGACAGAGUCUAGUAGCACCACCAAAGACCAGAAAGGGGAAAGGCACAAAGGACUCCAAGGAGGGCGAUUCUAGCGACCGCUCAGACCGACGAAGACGAUCGUCGCGAAGCCGCAGCCGGAGUCAUUCCCGAGGCCGAGCCAGGGCUGGACAGGGGCCAAGGCUGAGGCCAGCUGCAAGCCAGAGGGACCCAAAGCACGAUGCACGUCGGAUCUCUCCACCACGCAGAUACGUGCGACGAUUUCUCCACCAGUGCGCAGAAGGCCCGAAAUCCACAGCGAGUCCUCCCGAGGCUCCAGGCGGUCGAGGUCUCGCUCCAGGACAGAGGUUGGGCGUCUUUGGAAUCAACCUGUCUGGGUGGAGGCAGGGUGGGCCGAGGGCAUCUCCUCCUGGGACGUACAGUUGCCACACCUGUAACAUGGUGCUGCACUCGCAUCUGGAGUACACCGAGCACUUUGCCUCUCGGACGCAUCGCCUGGCUGUGGGUUCUCAUGGGCCUGGCCUGCCUAGCCGCAAACGGUCAUGCUCACCACUGCCUCCCUUGCGCCGAAGGUCACCGCGCCGAUCUCCACGCCGUUCUCCACGUCGGUCACCUCGUCGGUCUCCACGCCGGUCACCACGUCAUUCUCCACACCGGCCACGGUCUCCACUGCGAGAACAGUGGGGAAGUGGGCCGCCGCGAAAGCGUUCACCAGAUGUGUUUGGUGACCGCGGCUUGUCCAGAGAUUCAUUUUCACAGAGCCAGGCAGUGCCUGGUGCGUUUCCCAGUGGCCUCUCUGCUGCCCAGGUACGUCUGAAUGCACGA